GCAAAGAGGGGGGGAGUUGAGAGAGAAGGAGAAGGGGGAGAGGGAGGGGGAGGAGAAGCUGACCUAUCACUGUGCUCAGUCUUGGAGGCCCUUUAGGUGAUGCACAUGCAGAGGUGAGAAAAGACACUUUCUGUUGGAGUCAUCUGUGCUGCAGGGAGACCGCUUGCCUUGUGACAUUUGGCGCCACUAAUUGCCUCUCUGAUUAAUUAGACUACCUGUGAUGGUGCAAAUUGUAGCGGGGAGAUUUCCUGCUGCGCUGUGAACUCCUGCUGCCUCCAUCUCUUUUGUUCUGAGCCAACGUUCACCAUGACACCGGAUAGAGACGCCUGUUGGAUGUGAUGACAGCCGACAAGGAGAAGAGAAGAGCGAUCAGCCGCGAGGCAGCCAGACGGAGACGGCGGGUGGAGUCCGAGGUGUUUGAGGACUUGUCUCGCCUCCUGCCGCUCCAGCAGUCUGUCCGAGAUCACCUGGACAAGCCUUCAGUCAUUCGCCUCACCCUCAGCUACAUACGCAUGCACGCACUGCUCAAAGCUUUUUCAGGGAAGUUUGGGACCAAAGCAGAGUCCAGUCAAACAGUGAAAUGUGGACAGCUGAUGGACAGCGGCGGGGACCGGCGCCACCGUGAUGGAGGACGUGACGAGGAGGAGAAGAGGACGGAGGAUGGCGAGUUAGAGGAGACUAACAUGUACCUGAAGAUCCUGGAGGGAUUUCUGAUUGUUCUGUCCACUGACGGAGACAUGAUCUACCUGUCAGACAACGUCAGCAAGUACAUGGGCUUAACACAGACUGAGCUGAUGGGACACAAUAUUUUUGAGUUUACCCACCCGUGUGACCAUGAAGAAAUCAGAAACAAUCUACGUCUAACAGCAGAGGAAGUUUGGUGCGGUGCAAAGAGGGACUUUGUCAUGAGGAUAAAAAGCGCUCUGACACACAGAGGAAGAAGCGCCAACCUCAAGUCAGCGACGUGGAAGGUUCUCCACUGUCAGGGCCGAGCGAAGGUGUGUGUCACCCCGUCUUCAGUUUCCUGUCUGCUGCUGACCUGCCAGCCUCUGCCCCUCUCACACACACUCCUCAGCACACACACCUUCACCAGCCAGCACAGCAUGGACAUGAAGUUCACAUACUGCGACCAGAGAAUUACUCCACUUUUAGGUUACAGCACUGAGGAGCUGCUGGGCCGUUCCAUCUAUGAUCUCUGUCACACCCUGGACACACAAUGUUUGACCAAAAAUCAUCUCAACUUGUGCUGUAAGAGUCAGUCCGUCAGCGGUCAGUACAGGAUGCUGGUGCGAGGUGGAGGUUACGUCUGGGUGGAGAGUCACAGCGCCGUCAUCCCAAGCGUCCGACCCUCCAAGUCCAGGCCCGGCGCCCACCACCCGCUCUGCAUCCUCUGUGUUACCUACGUCCUCAGUGGAGUGGAGAAACCGUCCCUGUUGCUCUCUUUGGGCCAGACUGCCGACAGAUAUUUGAGCUGAAACUUGAGUCUGAAGAAGAAAAAAAACCACAUCAUCCUCCAAGAAACAAUCUUAUCUAUCUCUGUCUGUGAAUUCUUGGGAGUUCUUUUCAUUAAUCUAACUUUUAUUAAACUUUCUAGUUCAAAAUAAUUUUCAGUGUUUUUGUAAAAUGUUUCUGUAUCUUGUGAUAAAGCUUCAAAGUUUGAACUGUCGGAAAUGUUGUAGCACCAGAUAAGUUUGGAUAGUUCAGGCUGAUAACUAAGCUUAUGUUUUGCAUAAUGGUUGCAAUAGCACAACUUCUUUCUUCCUUAAAAGAAAACUGAAAGCUUUGGGUGUAGACUGUGGUUGACAGACAGUUGACGGGGCGGAGUGAGAGUUGAAAUCUGUCGACGGAAGCAGGCAGUUUGACUUUUUCCUGACCUCUCUGGGCCUGACCGUGCUUCCUGUGGGGUUGCCUUCUGGGCCACCUGACACGUGGGCUGACAUUUGACUGUCACAGACACACACACACACACACACACACAGAGUAUAUAUAGAGAGAUAUGCAUUGUGCUGAUGAGGAGAUGUGAGCAGACGCAAGUCAAAGCCACAGCUUCCUGAAUAGAGACGCUCGAUAUGAAAGUUCCCAUGAGAACUUUGUCAACUUUUUACCUCUCAGCUUCCAAAUUCACACACACACACACACACACACACACACACACACACACACACACACACACACACACUGAUACUGACACAUGCACACAAACAACAGGCUGUUUCAGUUCAGCUUUAAAAAAAAGGUGAAUCCAUUACAUUACAUGACUUUACAUUUAAAUAACUGAUGCUUUUUUAUCUGCCAAAUAGUGUGUUUCAACCAUGAAGAUACAAGAACCAUGCAAGUACAUACAAUUAAUAAGAAUAAACUUCUUCAAGUGCAACAUUUUAGAAACUGAGAUAGUUGCACAAACAGGCUUCACAGGCUGAAGAACGAUGUUUGAGAUGUGGACUCGAGUCAUUCUGACUUGGACUUGAGUUGAUCCAGGUCACUAUUUUGAUAGGAAAUAAACAAGUUGAGUUAAGUUAAAGACUCAUGGCUUGGGACAUGAUGACUUUAAUAACU